AUGCAGAGGCUGCGCUCGACCUUCAAGAGGUCGCGCACCCCGACGGGAGCGGAAAUGAAGUCUCAGUCGAGCCUCGAGGUGCCUAAGCAAGUCAGAUCUGCCUCCUUCGACGAGAUACAACUGGAGGCUAAGCGACAGGACGACGUUAGAGACGUGAGAUCUACCAGGACGACGUCUUCCUCCUCGUCGUCUUGUUCGCCGGCUAGAUCGCAGGAUUCCUCCCGUGGAAGGCGAUCGGCGACGCUUAGAGUGCCGCAACUACAAAGCGGUCAACGUUCGAAGAGCUUCGACGUGUGCGAGAGAAGCUACGGUUCGUCUUCUAGCCAACAGUCCUUCGGUGGCGUGAGACGAUCGGAGACACCGACGAUUCAAGUCUCCGGCUGUUACCACUGUGCCUGCGUCGAGGAGUACAAGAGCCUCUACCUGAGUCUGUCCAGAGACGACGACGAUCCUUCGUCGAGGGAAGACGACGACGGUGACGACGCGGACUACACCUCGGAGGACGAAGACUCCGAAUUGGUGGACAGAAGCGAAGGUAGCCCGGAGAUUCGUGUGACCUUGACGACAUUCACCGAGAAAGAGCUCGACGUUCCCGACAAAGAGAUACCAGACGUGGUACCUGUGGUCCCGGAGAUCGUUCCUGAAGUGGUGCAAGAUGAGGCAACGGAUACCAGCGAGGUCAGAGGCGGUCUAUUCCCGGAGAGGCAGCGUAGAAGGUCGAUCGCCUCGCCGAAACUUGCGCGACAAGAGGCUUUGACCUCGUACCCUAUCGAGCUGCCAACGUUGGUCAGCUCGACGGAAGACGAGGAGAAAGCCGAAGACGAGGACGACGACGAAGAUUUGAGCAACGUCGGUGCUGGCAAGUGCAAGUUCGUCGUUAGGGAUAUAUUCUUGACGGUUCCUGAGCUGAAAAGGGAUCGCGCCGCGUCCGUGGACUCUUGCUUCAACAAUAAAAAUGGGAACGGCGAGGACGCGGAUACUUUGACCGUGCCGCAGCAGAACAUACGGUCGUACACAGCUUUGCUGCCUGGAACCGAGGCUCGACCUCCAAGAGGAGGGAGGGAAGAGGGUGGAACGAGUGGGGGUCACCGCGAGCCCCGAUCAACGCCCGAUUGGGGUCCCGGUGCACUUAAUGGAGAACAUCUUUGGGUGCCGACGUCAGCUUCCGGUGAUUUCUGUUACGUCAACGACUGUUCGAAACAUGGACCACGGAUGAAAUGCGCGGCGUGCCGCGUGGUGGCCCACGCGGUCUGCGCCGUGGGUCUGAAUUUCGCCUGUAAAUCGAGCUUCCGUGACGUGGGUGUGCGUCAGUACAGAGAGCAGACGAGCACGCAUCACCACUGGGUCCAUCGUCGUUCGCAAAAAGGGAAAUGCGCGAACUGCGGCAAAUCGUUCCAAUCCAAGCUAAGCUUCUCCUCCAAAGAGAUCGUCGCGGUCAGCUGCAGCUUCUGCAAGCUCGCUUAUCAUAACAAAGAGGCGUGUUUCAACGUACAGAAGAUCGGCGAGAACUGUGAACUCGGUGUUCACGCUUCCAUCAUAGUGCCGCCGUCUUGGAUCGUGAAGUUGCCUAGGAAAGGUAGCUUCAAGAGUAGCCUGAGGAAAUCACCGAGGAAGAAGAAGUCCGGCAGCGGUGCAGGCACCGGUGCUAGCAGAAAGAAGUCGAAGGAGAAGGACAAGGAACUGGACAAAGAUCAGGGGAAAUUGUGGGUGGUGAAGCCGAUACCUACAGCGUCGGUGAAACCGGUGCUGGUUUUCAUCAACCCGAAAUCUGGAGGAAAUCAGGGUGCUAAGCUGUUGCAGAAAUUCCAGUGGCUGUUGAAUCCGAGGCAGGUCUUCGAUCUGACGCAGGGCGGGCCCAAAAUGGGGUUGGAAUUAUUCAACAAAGUUCCGAAUCUCCGAGUUCUCGCGUGCGGCGGUGACGGUACAGUCGGUUGGGUGCUGUCGAUCCUGGAUCAAAUCGGUGCGAAUCCACCGCCUGCAGUGGGUGUACUUCCUCUUGGUACCGGAAACGAUCUAGCCAGAGCUUUAGGUUGGGGCGGCGGUUACACAGAUGAACCGAUCGGAAAGAUCCUCACGAAUAUCGGUGAGAGCGACACAACGUUGCUGGACAGAUGGCAAUUGGUGGUUGAGAGAAAUCCAGAUGCUCAGGGCGACGACGACACCGGAAAGGGCAAGGAGAAUCUACCGCUGAACGUGGUUAAUAAUUACUUCUCCCUGGGCGUGGACGCCCAUAUAGCCCUUGAAUUUCACGAGGCACGAGAGGCGCAUCCGGAGAGAUUCAAUUCCCGACUGCGAAACAAGAUGUUUUACGGUCAAAUGGGCGGUAAGGAUCUGGUGCGGCGAAAAUGGAAGGAUCUCUCAGAAUUCGUGACGCUGGAAUGCGACGGGAACGAUCUGACACCGAAGCUGAAGGAGCAUCGUGUUCACGCUAUAGUAUUCUUGAACAUUGCCUCGUACGGAGGUGGAACGCAUCCUUGGGGCGCUGGAAGCGGAACCAAGGAACCAUCGACAGACGACGGGCUGAUCGAAGUCGUCGGUUUGACGACAUACCAGCUUCCGCUUCUUCAAGCAGGUGGACACGGUACCUGUAUUGCUCAAUGCAGCACGGCUAAGCUGGUUACCACGAGGACCAUUCCAAUGCAGGUCGACGGAGAGGCUUGUCGACUGCUGCCAUCGAUAAUAGACCUAAAACUACUAAACAAAGCAACGAUGCUGGCGAAACGAAGAAACGCGAGCAAACCACAGCCUGACGUUAAACUAGAGCGGUUAAAACUGCCUGUGAUGAAGAUCAAGAUGUCGGAUUACGAGAGGUAUCAUCACGACAAGGAUAUGUUGAAGAAAGCGGCGAUUACCUGGAUAACAGAUCCACUUGAUCUCGACGCCACCACGGAUCUAGAAUUCCUCAGGAAGUUUUUGGCGAAAGACCAUAACAUGGACACUUGUUGCUUCCUCGAUUCCUGCACAGCGGAACGAUUCUUCAGGAUCGACAGAGCUCAGGAACAACUGCAUUACGUGACUGAUGUGGCCGUCGAUGUGGUCUACGUUCUCGAGGAGACAGCUACAAAUCUAUCGAACGAGCCUGAAGAAACGAAGGUAUCAGCUAGUCAAGAACCAGAAACGGCUCAUCCGUCGCCAAGCGAAGAACAACCAAAGUCAAACGCAGCCAUGACAGAAGAGCAGCCAAAAGCAGAGCCAAAGGCGCAGCCGGCUUCGGAGCCGGAUAGCACAGCAGCAGCGCCUGAGAAAUCGGCCGAGGUCAAGUCACCGACGACCGAACAACCUCAGGACAUCGCGAAAUCUCAGGGAUCGACGAGCAAAGACGCGUCUCCGAGCGAGCCUCCGAUUGCGAACAACGUGGAGAAGGUAUCCGGAGACGCGAUAGAGGAGGAGAAGGUAUCCGGAGACGCGAUAAAGCAAAGCAGUUCCACGAAAUCGACCUCUGCGACGGCUGUAGCACAGUCGCAACACCGGACAUCAUCCACCUUUAUUAGUCCAAGAGAUAGACUGUUCAGCCUGAGUUCCGAGGUCCACACCUUUAGCACAGGAUUACUGGAGAAACCUAGCGACGGUAUUUUGAAAGCGGGGAAAAUCGGCGAUCUUCAGGCUUUGAAGGAGCUACACGACAGUGGACACUCGCUUCUGUCCAUCGACACAGCUGGACAAACUGCUCUUCACCUGGCCUCGAGAUAUGGUCACAAGGAUAUUGUCAGAUAUCUAAUCGCUUGCGCACCAUCGAGUAUUCUCAACAUGGUCGACAACGACAAAGGUCAAACUGCUUUGCACAAAGCGGCUCAAUAUAAGCGUCGUUCCAUUUGCUGCAUGUUAGUGGCUGGCGGUGCUACUUUAACUGUCAGGGAUCGAAACGGCUACUCACCUCGUGAUCUUGCACUGCAAGCGGAGGACCGUGACCUCGCAGCGUAUUUAUACAGUCAAGAGGAGUUCCAGCUGACAACGGAAGAAAUGGAGAAUACCAUUUGACCUCCGUUCGUAAUUGGCAGGGCCUGAGCCGACUCUGAGUAGCUUCCUGCCUUCGAUGGACUAUCCCCAAGAGGAAGGAGAUCCAAAGUUGAACGAACGAACGACGAUCGCCGUUGAUCUAGAUCGGUCGUCGAACGGUUCGUUUUCUCAAGCUGCGUAAGUCCGCACGUGAUAUAUCGAUUAUUCCUCUCAUCGACAAUUCACGUCACGUUAGUAAAAUACGCGUGUGUGUGUUUAUCAAAAAAGGUGCUCUCUCCGAUCCUUUCCUCCCAUUCCAAGCCUCCGAGAUCGCUUUUCUUUUCCCUCCCCCGCCGCCGCCGCCGCAAACGCGCGUUGUAAAUUAAACUGUGCAUAGGUUGAAUUUAUUCUAUACGUUACACUCUCGUACCUAUUAUAAUAAACAUACAGAUUAGGGACAUUUUUUUCGAUCGAGCCUCUGUACACGUAUAUUUCUACAAGUCGUAUCUCGUGUCUAAUCGAGGAAGCAAAGUGUACAAAUCACGUUCGCUUCAAGUGUGUGUUUCGUCUAACGAAUUCACGCGAGAGAAGAAAUUUGCGUUAAAAAGAGAGAGAGAAAAUUGAAAGACGAAGGAAGUGAAAAAGAGAGAGAAAAUCGAAAGAUGAAGGAAGUGAAAAAGAGAGAGGAAGAGAUUUUUGCUCAUUCGCGAUGUUACCGUUGCAAAAAAAAAAAAAAAAAAAAAAAAAAAAAA